AUGGAUACGACUAUUUUCAAACAACUCGUUGAGGCUAUUCACAAACAACGGGUAGAAACCUGCUUCAGUCUUCUAAAUCACCCACCUCUGCAGUUAGUGCAAGUUAACCCAGAUAACAAAGAGUGGUACUUCGUGGUUCUUGAGAAUAACCUUAGUGUUAUAUCCAAGCAAGUAACCACCUCUGCGGAUCCUAAUCAAACACUUCAACGGGCACUCCAGGUUACUGUGAAGCUCGCUAACACCUAUGCUCGACGCGAGGCCCUCCUUGAAGAAACUCUUAAAGAAAUCAACACAGUCGUUCAAUUGGAAGACCCAAUAGCCACGAUAACAGCACUUGUUGAACAGAACGAGAGCCUAAAUGGUAUUCCCAAAAGAUUGCUGAAGAUUCAACUUGAAGAUGAGGUGGAAGCUGCAAUGAAACUGCAUCCGUUGGCACUACUUAUCCACGAAGAACUUCGUGAUGCAACAAAAGAGAAGGGGAAAUGUCUAAAUUAUGAUGAGAUGCUGGCAUUUUUGCGAGCCUUAGAAAAAGUUAUCCAGCUAAACGAAGCUCUAAGUGGGAAAAAUGAUAAGGAGGUUCUUAAAGCACUCUUAUCGAAAGAUUCUCUGUGGGAGAAUGUUCUAGAAUCAAAAGUAAAUUUGUCUUCUUUAUACUUCAGUAAACUCUUCAGUAAGAGGAACACAAAAUUUUCAGCUAAAGGUGAGUCAACCCUCCUGACCCACGCUGAAAUCCAGCAGGUUGUCGAUGAGGUUGCUAAAACCAAUCGUAAAGAAUAUAAGGAUUUGGCGAUCUCAGCUACAGAAAACUUUGGCAAUGAGGAGAAAUGCUUGACAAAACAUGCGAACUUAGAGGAACCAAAGCCCAAUAGAAGAACAGGGAAAAGUAAAUCACCCGUUUACCCUAAAACAAACUUAACCCCCUCCUCCGUGGACACCUCCGAUCAUUAUCUCGCUCUUUUGCGUCAGAACCUUGAACCGGGAAACGAGUUCAGGCUCUGGGGGUGGCUUCAAGCCUUAAAAGCCACUGGUUCCCUCACAGGCCUAAAGGGUGACCUUUCAGCAGAAAAUGUCGACCUCUAUCGACGUGCAUUGAGAAAGCUCCCUGUUUUGACAACGUCUGGCGUUGCAAUGGCAGUAGAAAAGGCCCAUGAGAUAUAUUCCAGAGCCCAGUUGCUAGGACUGGUAUUGGCGGAAAUUAACCAAGCCUUGGAAGAGGGUGAAAGAAGUGUUCUAGACAAGCAGUUCAUGGAGUUUAUUAACAGGGAGAAAGCGGCUCAUUUAAAACUACGUUCCGCUGUUAUAUCAUUGGAUUUAAACCAAGAAAAUAUUAACGCCUAUGUAGAAAGUUUAAUUAAGUUAAGGAAUGCAAAGUUACAGUCAAAUUGUAAAGGGACAGCUGUCGAUUCCACUUGCAGUGGUGACAGUCGCCUUGUGUCGAAGUGCGGCUGGCUCCGCACGAGUCUUCCACACAGGAAUGGUGAAAAUGACCACUUCUACUACAACAUCAAGUCCGGUGAAUUAAUAUGGCGGCCCUCCUACACAACUCCUGAGCCCAGCUGCACCGACCCCUUUUUACUGAAUCGUGAGGAAAUUGCCGAAUGCGUAAAUCAGGUGAAUAAAUCAAGCAAAGCACUGGGAGACGGGUUGCAGAACGUAACCAGACCGUUCCCUCAGUCUGCAUUCAACAUUCUUGAAUGUCUGAUCCGAGCUUUCCUUGUGAAACGACAUCACCUGGAAUGGGCCUAUACGCUCAAUGAAGGCAUGGAAAAAAUUUGCAAGAGUAGGGAACUUCUUGUGGGAAUCAAAGGCUUCCAAGCCCUUUGGAGGGGGUAUUUUACUCGCCAAAAGUAUGCAGCCUAUAUUGCCACGUUAAAUUCACCCAAAUUAAAGUUUGCAGCGGCGCGAAUCGUCACUUAUAUCAGGCACCACAGGCGACGUCGAAUGAUUGAACGCACAUUGGAAGGAGUCUGGCGAAUCCUUAGAGGAGUAAGAAAAGCUCAGGCAAUGUGGCGAGGCCAUGUUCUUCGUAGAGCCCUCGCCUCCUCACUGUCACUAGCACUCAGUCCCAAUUAUCUGUCAACUUCUCGCCGGCCACUGUACUGGCUCGGAAGGCUGUUCAAAUGCGCUCUGGUGCCCAAGGCAGCAGACAACAUAUAUGAUACCCAGUUGGGGUGCUUCCAUGCUGCACAGAAAAUUGAGGACCAGGCGUGCCUCCUAGUCAGGCUUGAUAAUGAAAUCGGGCGUCUGCAAAUGAUCAUCUCUUUAAUAGAUCGAGUUCACCACGACGCGUGUGCUUCCACCUUGAAACACAAACGCAGUAGUUCUGCAAAUUGUGUAUCCACGGCUACUAAAUGCGCUGCUGAAUCUCUGGUUAUGAUCGGAGAAAAUGUAGUCAAGCAAACGCCAGAGGAGCAAGUCGGCAGGAGGUAUGAGGGCCUUCUAUUCCUUCUUUACACACAACCAGAUUAUUUAGCAAGACUCUUUGCUGAGUUGCCGUCACACCUGCUGUGGCAAGAGAAGCCAGUGGCCAAUCCAGAGGCAUACAAAGCGAGCGAGUUUGGGCUCAUGCUUGAACGAAUUAUUCUUAGCCUGUAUAAUUAUGGAAUGAGCUUAGGUGACGAAACAAGUCUUCUCUUUUUGGUUAUACGAAUACUCCAUUUGCAAGUAGCCACCAGCUCCUGGUGUGCAAUUAUGGAGGAGAGGAGUCAUUUCGCUCUGCGACUUGUAGUAUCGAUGACGCAUGUGAGCCAUUCAUUAGACGGUAAGCAUGCGAAAACGGGGAUUUCGCGGCUAUUGCCACUUUUGCAAGAAAUCCUCUCAGGCGACCGGGAGGGAUGCAAGGCAAAGGAGGGUGCUGGGGUCCCAAUGCCUGGAGGCGACGCGCACUCCUCUUGGACAACAGUGAAGUGGCACCCCACACCCCCAGAAGUCGGCCAUGGGAGUGCUUUGAAAGAAACUCGGACCACGGCAAGUGCCUUCUUUCACAAAAACAAAAUCCGUUUGUUUUAUGAAAAUCUGCCAUCGACAUUGCCGCCGCCCCAAGCCAUGUUGAAGGUGUUUGACUUAUCAUGGCUUGCCCACGCUGCUGAACGGUUUUUCUACAUUCUUUUCGAAGAAUCGGGGGGUGUCAUCUUACCACCCUGUCUUCAACAUGUUAUGCAAGAGUUCUUUGUCCUUCUUCGUCAGAAGUAUCCCAGCCAACCUGUUAAGGAACAUGUCAAGUUUUUAGGUUUGCAUGUAUUUUACCGUUACAUACACUCCAUCAUAAUUGCUCCUGAUGCAUUUGCCCAAACACACUGUGAGCCUGCGGAAAGAGCCCCCCUACCAACCACUGGACCGGGAUUUGGCGGACGAAGGUGUCUCGCUGCCCUCUCUCGGCUGCUUUGCUUUGUGGUGGAGAACAAGGGAUUUGUUGGCAAGGGAACGUCAGGGCAACAGGCGAUGGUGUUUAACCCCCUCAUCAAGGCCUGGCAUGCCAAAUUCAAGCAGUACCUGCUGAACACUCUGAACGAAAAGAAACCACGAAGGACGCCAGCUGGCAUUAUGAAACGCCAAGUCGAUGGGUGGAUAAGGCGACUGCCUUACGCUGGCCCAAAGCACGAAUGGCUAGAACUGCAGCCCUGGAGAAUGGAGGAGGCAGAAGACAAAAAGAAAACCAUCACUCUCGCUGUGGACGAACUAGCUGAGCUCCAUCGACUAAUUAACGCAUACAAGGAGAAGAUAGCACCAAACGCCCAUGAUCCACUUCACAUUGAGCUAGAAAAAAUCGAUCGUCUCCCGCAGGUUCUGUUCCGUCACCCCAAGGUUAACGAAGACGAAGAAAAUCCUGAUAUUGUGGAGGAUGAAACAAGGCCCACCAGCAACAACAAGGUCACAAAUCACAAAGCCAAAAGGAAGAAACCUCGGCGUAAACUCUUUGGCAGUAAACUGCGUUCCGGUUCAACCUCUAGACUAGAAACAUUUUCCCUUCAUGACUACAUGUCCUUGAAUAAGCUUUCUACACCGUCAUUCCGCUGUGCAAAUACUGAACGAACGAUAAACACGAGAGCCAGUUCCCUUGGACAAAACAGCAGCAAUAGCCACGGCCCAAAUUUGAUUCCAUCAGAAAAUACUGACACGUUUGCUCACAAACCCUUACUGCGCUACUACCGACUUUCGUCUGGGGAUUCCACUGACGUUAUACUCGCUUCCGGGCACCAAAUUCCAAUAGCAAUCCAGGCGAUCUCUCCGAUGCAGUUUGCAAACGCUUGCCUCUACGCAGUAAAGGCGGUGGGGACCCGCAGUACCGAAUGCUUCACCUUCGGUCCUCCUGACGGUCGCAAUCAGCUAUCGGUAAAACCACUUUUUGGCUGGGCUGAACCGCUUCCAUUCUGUAAAGCAUCAAAGGCACCUUUUAGGCGGAAGCCCUCUAUGCUAGACGGGGGCGACGUGCGGAACAGGCCGUUAGCUUCUAACGGUGCAGAUGGUGUGGCAAUUUCUGAGGCUUCAGUGGACUGUAAAAGUGCACCUGCAACGGCAAAAGUGAGGGAGCUCGGUGUUGAUUGGAUAAAUGCAAAGCGAGAAAUGAUCCAUAUUUUUUCUUGGAUAGAAAUACACAAGAAAUGUGUGCACAGGGACGCAGCUCCCGAACCACGGGACGGCCCGGCGGGCGUGCCAGGCUGGCUCUGUCUGUUUCUGGCGUGGUUGGCUCGUGUCGAGGUCACUUCAGAAACUUAUUUCCCAAAACGCACCCAUUCUGCACUCUGCGGUGACGACUUCGCAUCGAUUAGACAUCUUCAGCAAAGUAUACAUAUUUUGCAGGCCGCAGUCACACACAUUCAGGCCUUCUUUGGUUUAAACCAUGCCACAAUUUGGCAUGAACUUCUGGCUGCGAUUAUCCGAGACAUAUUCCACUUUGAUGCGAUUUGCAUUCGCUCAGUGUGGCAGUCACUUGGGGAUCGCCUAUCAAUUGUGAAUAAUAAUCUAGAGGACCGAAUUCACCGACGGCGAAAGGCGAUAGCUGCCUUGAAUGACUUCAUUUCAACUUGUUUGCAACCUCGGCCGGUAUGGAGUAGCAAAUUCUCCAUAAGGACCCCCAACGUUGUUGGUGUGAGCCUACCAUUCUCCUAUCUGGUGAGCCAUGGGAUAGUGGCCGGCGGUAAGUGCACCCUCUCGGACAAACAAAUGAGGAAUAUGCGUCUUGAGAUAGUCGCCCACCUGUCCGUGCCAGGCCGCUUCUGCCUAACCGUGUACCUCCUGAGUGUGCAGUGGGAAGAACCCCAGGAAUUGUACAUCCCCGACCUCCUGCUUCAGAUGCACGCAGACAACACCACUCUACCCUUCUUCUCGGAACAGCUUUGGCUUAACUUGAUGCCGCUGGUGAAAAUGAUGUUUAAAAAGUUUUACCACGAUUCACUGCCCUCCCUGAGCAGUAUUAGCGAGUCAAACGGCUAG